CUCGGCUCGCUGGAGAGGAACCGACAGUUACAAAGAGACGCAAGGCACAUCUGAAGAGGCUGGACCGCCGCUGGACCCUGGGGGGGAUAGUCAACCGGCAGCAGAGCAGAGAGGAGAAAUAUUUGACGAUACAGCCACACGCCAGUCAAGGGAAGGAUGAAGUCAGCUUUGAGAAAGGGGUCACCGUGGAAGUCAUCCAGAAGAACUUGGAGGGCUGGUGGUACAUCAGGUACUUAGGGAAAGAGGGCUGGGCCCCUGCCUCCUACUUGCAAAAGGUGAAAGAUGACUUCUCCCCCCGCAAGAAGACCCUGACAGGCCCCGUGGAGAUCAUCGGCAACAUCAUGGAGAUCAGCAACCUGCUGCAGAAGAAGUCCGUCAGCGAGAAGGACAUCCAGACGGAGGGGGAGGGGAGCACCACCCCCGAGCGCCACAUCUCCAAGAGCGAGAUCAGCCUGCCCAUGCCGUACAACUCUGAGAUCAACGCGGAGACGGGCCGGAGGCUGAGCGCUGGCCGUGACACCAACAGCCCCUGUCUGGGGAUAGCAGCAAGUGCUGCACUCAAAAAAAGUCUAGCCAGGGAAGAGCAAGGUUCCCCAGCUGUUGCUAGAGUGGCCCCGCAUAGAGUGGAAAUUGGCUUUGACUCUAUAG